UUCCAGGCUGCUUAUCGACAUAUAAACCUAUGGUAUGAGGUUUUAUUUCGAAUAACAACCGUAGAAAUAUGUGGAUGCCUGACUUACACAUCGUCGCCAGAUAUUAGUGAACUUGUAGACGUCACACUUGUGGUGUAUCGGAAGAUAGUUUUGGAUGACAUUAUAACUAAUACGUGUUCGAGUUCAGCACGACAUAUCUAGCUCUGGAAAAUAUUUGAAGUGAAUUGUUUCAUACACUGUGUUGGAUAUCGUUAAAACAGCCAACACGAGAAUGACUACGCCGAAGAUAAUGUCGAUCAGUUCCAGAUCUCCGUCAAAAUGCGACAAGAACAGAAAAACCUGCCCACCUGGGCAUUAUAUGAAUGAAUGUGCCGACAAUGAGGGAUAUGAAUGUUUACAAUGUAGUGUGGACACGUUUCAACCAAAUCCCAACCGGUUGGGUGACAAGUGUCGAGUAAUGCGAUCAUGUGGAGAUCCAUAUAAGGAAUAUGCCAGUUAUGGAGACACUGUUACCGAUGCUCAUUGUAAAUGUAUGAAAGGCUUUCAUUUUGAAAAUGAGGACCAGAGAGCAUGCGUGCCGAACAGGGAGUGUGGGAAGGGGUAUGGUCAAGCUACAUAUGGCUACGAACUAGGAGACAGUGGUGUGUGCGAAUCUUGUUUGGAAAAACAAAUGUAUUCAGAUGUCAAAGAUAGAUUUCAGCAAUGCAAGCCACUUAGAAAUUGUGAAAAAGAGAAUCGUUGUGUUGCUAAGAAAAGUAAUGGUACUUUUGAUAAUGUUUGCGGCCCUCUAGUCAGAGAUAUAAAUGAUUGUAGCAGUGUUGUCGAGAAAGUAGACGAUGACGUAUCUAACAAAUAUCUUUCUGCAAUUAUCGGCAGUGUUGUUGGUGUAUUCGUCAUUGUGUUCAUUUUCAUUAUUAUAUUACUGGCUAGAAGACGUAGGGCUCAAAGGCGAAAAAAUGCCCAGAAACCAUUGACUUCAGAGCAGUUAGAGGAAUUGAAACAUAAGUUAUUGGAUAAAUGUGAAAAAGACGAAUCCUUGUGUAAAAAGACCCUAUCUACAGCAUUCCGAGUUACCGAAGAUCGAAUUGAUAGACAAAUAUGGAAUCUUCCCCAAGAACUCUUCCGUUCUCAACCUGGUAGAUAUGAAAUUCUAGUGAAAAAAUACACAGAGAGUCACGAGAAAUACGCUGUAAAUGGUUAUUUGAGAGACUGGAAAGAAUGGAGAGGGUCUACACAUGAAUCUGUUAAAGAAUUAUUUUACUGCUUACGCCAGUGCAAACGUGACGAUAUAACUUAUGAAGUUUGUAAUCAACUACGUGAUGAAGUUGAUAUAACAUUUGAUGUGGAAGCAAAUAUAGACGACAUGGGUGGAAAUAAUCGUGCCAAGGAUAGUUUAAUGUAUGACAUCAGAGAUAUUCUCUUCCCGUGUGCAAAGCCAUCCGAGAAAAAGGGUAGUUUAGGAAAGAGCGAGCAAGCUGAAACAACCCAUAAACUUUUAGAGAUAUCCCAAAGUGCACCUGACAUGGAUCCAAAAGCUGCAGGUGCCAUCUAUCGAGAACACCCCCUCCCAAGUGCCCCAGAAUAUGUCGAUGAUAAUAACACCAUUAUAGAGCCCAAUAUAGUAGAUUAUAAAAGACAGUUCAGCUGCCCCGUGCAAUGUACGACGUGAUGGGUAUCUCGAGUUUACCAACUGCUUAUGUCUUUCGAUAUACAAAGAGUUAUUAAUAAAGGGAAUCGUGUACAAAUAUACAUUAUACUAGUGAAAUGCAUGUCUCCUAACUUGCCAGUUACAAUACAUACCUGAUGAUAGAGUAUAUUCUUCGAUUGGACUUAUAAAGUUCAUUUAAGAUGGAAAACAACUAGGAGUAUCAUUAACUGCAAAGGAAAACAUUAUGGAUUAAAAAGGAGUUAGAUAAGUUCAUAAUUGGAUAAUUAAUUUCACUUUAAUAAGACAACUUUGGGAAUCCAUUCAAACAUUGUCUUAAGAUUUAAUGUUGCUUAUUGUGUAAUUUACCAUGGAGACAAACAAUUACACAAAUCAAAGAUUGCGCUGCGACAAUUGUAUAUUAUGAAUCGAGACGAAUCGAACUAUUUGUCGAAACUAUUUCAUUUGUCCCGAUAGUGUCUUUGUGGAAAGAUGCUAAUAAGUUGUGUUUAAACAACGUUUUGAUAUGCUUCAAAUGUGCAACUAUUUACGACAUCUUUAUAUGUUCUAAAAUAGCAAUACAAUAAAGAUCUGAUUGUGAACAAUUCGUCAUGGAUUAUAGUGGAUGACUGUGCAAUGAUGAUUGUGCAUUCAUUUCCAUCAUCAUCAUUUGUGUACUUGAAACAAGUCGCCAUCAGAAAUUGUUUCAAUGGACUAUUUUUAAAACUGUAAAUAUGACUCUUUCAUUAUAAUGUGCUCGCGACACCUGGUCAGCAUUUGAACACGUCACUUAUAUAGUGGCAUUUUAUACUAUAUAUCCUUAUAAAUAUAGAGUAGUUGUUACUUUUUAAAUAACUCCAUAUAUAUACAUAAAUAUAUAUAUAUAUCACCUUUAGCUUUAUAAAUGUCCUAAUCUACCGAAAAGAUAUAUGGACUAGUGGGCAUUUGGAUUAUCGGUACGGUGUUAAAAUUAUUCGUAUUUUAGUUUCGUAUGCAGUAAUCAUUUGUAGUUACAUAUAUACUAACGUCUCACUAUCAAAAUUCAUAUCAUUUGCCUUCUUGAAAAACAAUUCCCUCUUCAAUCCCCAUCACAAUCCCGAGCUAAUUCAUAGGUUAGAGGGUUAAUCAACUUGGUGUAUUAAUCGUGUAUCGCUUUAAAUUCAAUAUAGAACAUAUAAAUAGACUUGCUGUCACUUUAUUUUAUGUUUAAUCAUGUAAAUAGUCAUAAAUGUUGGUUGACAUUAUAAAAGAAUAUAUUGAAUGUGCAUGAGCAGUUGAUGCAAUAAAAUUGCAUUAAUACAAAUACACGUAUAUGAGCAUAUAAGUGGACCCAAUACUUUAGUGAUUUUGUUUUAAAGAAAAUGAUGACACUGAUUCCGGCUUGUAGUGCAAGUUGUAAUUUGAUAAGAAUUAUUUCAUUAGUUAGAACUAGAAAUGAUUCCGGUUUGUAAUGCAGAUGAUAGGUCUGAUAGAUUUAUUACAACUAGAAGUAACUUCAGGUAGCAAAAGACACAUAACCUGAAGAUUUACAUUUUAAUGGUUCACUUGGUGGUUUAAUUAAUGUUGAUUUGAUUCAAUAACGAAUUUAAUUUUUAAAAACUUAAACGAAUUAUCACUAAAUCGCUAAUUCAGAAAUUUUAUGCUUGUUAUUAUUUUUUCAUUAUUUUGUUGUUAAAUUUGUGAAUAAAUGAAUAUAAAUCACCCUUCUUAUUUCAUACAUACAAUGUAUGUUUCAUACAACUUUGUUCAUGUGUGGUAAAAAUGUGUUCUUUAUUAUAUAUAUAAUAAUAUAGGCAUGGCUGUACAAACUCUUUAUUUACAUAAUUUAUAUUCAUUAAACGGCGGUGUCAAGUAAAUAAUAAAAUACGCAUUAUUGCAUAUCUGUAUGCAAAUCUAACAUGACGCUAUACCUAACACAGUGCAUAUAGAAUUUAUUAUUUUUUAUUUGUGAUCCAAGGGUCUGUUGUGAGACCCUCACUUUUUAGCAUGUGUAUAGAUGUAAUUUUAUCGAAUCUCAAAUUAACACGACUAUACUUUAAACACCAGCUUCCGUAGCUAAAAGUGUCGUAUUUCAUAUUCUUUUAUUAAUCUCGUUCCACAUUUAGAUCAAAUUUUGACAUGUGAUCUGAUUACAUUAGCUUUUAAGACAUUUUUUCGUACAUAUUUUAGUUUUAAUGGUUUUAGUUAUCUUAAUCACAUUAACUAAUAUAUAAAUUAAUUUUUAAAACGUAAUUAUUUAAGUAGUUAGACAUAUCAGUUUCAAUACUUUUUUAAUAAUCGAAUAUCAUCAUCAGUUUGCUUCUAUAAAAUUCCAUUCUCUUCAAUAAUUGAAUUGUGUAAAUGAAUUUAUCUAUAUAAUGUUUUAAUUAUGGACAGUAAAAGAAUUGUUAUGCAUGUAUAUUUCAUUUUAUCAUGGCUACUUGGAAUAAACAACUAUUUU